AUGCUGCACACACUGUCCUUCCUGUCGCCACUGCUCUUGUUGACAAUGCCUACCCCUGCCCAUGCCUGGUCACGGCCCCUCUGGUACCAGGUGGGGCUAGACUUGCAGCCCUGGGGGUGCCAGCCAAAUGGCCUGGAGGGUUGUGGAGGUGGCCUGAGUUGUGUUGGCCAUUGGAUGGGCCUGGGAACGAACCACAUCUACCCCGUGGCAGGGGUCACGAUCACCACCACCAUGAUGCUGAUGAUCAGCCAUGCAGUGCUGCAGCGGUGGCGUUCACAGGCCACCAAGGGUGAGCAUCUGAAGGUGACCACUGACCCCUGUGGACCCUGGAAACAGCGGGCCCCAAUCUCAGACCGCACCCUGCUCCUUGGGGUCCUGCACAUGCUGGAUGCCCUCCUGGCCCAUAUCGAGAGCCACCUGCAGCGUCUAGCCGCCCAGCAUCAGAUUCAAAUAAAGGAGACCUAUGCCCAGAGUGGGUGA